AUGAUGAUGUUAUUAAUGGUCGAUUCAGAAUUUCAAUAUUUAAAUCUAUCUUCUCAACCGCUUGCUACCAAUACGGUCACUAAUAUACGACAAUGUCAAAUGAUGUGCGUAAUUCAAGAACAAUGUCGUACGAUCAAUUUUCAUGAAUCAACUAAUCAGUGUGAAUUGUUCGCCGAUACACCAGGCAAUGGUGGUGUGAUAUCAACACGAUUUGGUACUAAAGCAAUGGUCACCAUCGACGGCACACGAAUACCUGCUGGUUAG